UAGUUGAACAAAGAGGUAUAACGUGGGGGUACAUGACUUGGGGCCCCGGACCCGACGGGCCCCGGGUGGCGAAGGCGAAAGUGUGCUGCGUAUAUAAGGCCAAGAACCGACGGCAAUCAGCAUCCAGUUCACUCCUGGACGCACCCGGAACAUCGCGAGAGCAAAAAUGAGAAUCCUGAUUUGCGUGGCAGUUGCCGCCCUCGUGGUCACGACAGUAUUGUCGGAGGAGACCGCGAAAGUCGAGAAGUCAGUGGAAGCGAAGUCCGUAGGCGAGAAGAAGCAAGAGAAGCGCGGGCUGUUAGGUCUUGGUUAUGGUUACAGCUAUGAUGGUGGAUACGAUAUUGGAUCUGGUGGACACAUCGGCCUCGAUAUAGGCGGUGGACAUGGUGGAUACGGCGGUGGAUAUGGUGGAUACAGCGGUGGAUAUAUCAGCGGAGGAUAUGGCGGUGGAUACGGCGGUGGAUACAGCGGUGGAUACGGCGGUGGAUAUGGUCACGAUCACGUAAAGACCGUGACUGUAGUGAAGAACGUCGCCGUGCCAUAUCCCGUAGAGAAACAUGUACCCUAUCCGGUAGAGAAGCCCGUACCGGUCCCCGUCAAAGUGCCCGUACCGCAACCGUACCCAGUCGAGAAACACGUGCCUUAUCCCGUCAAGGUCUUCGUGAAGGUGCCCGUUCACAUACCCCAGCCGUAUCCGGUAGAGAAGAAGGUUCCCUACCCAGUUCAUGUACCGGUCGAUCGUCCUGUCCCGGUCAAGGUUUUGGUACCGCAGCCUUAUCCCGUAGAGAAACACAUUCAUGUCCCGGUAAAAGUACCAGUACCGCAGCCGUAUCCCGUCGAGAAACAAAUCCCGGUACCAGUGAAAGUUCCGGUUCACAUACCUCAACCUUACCCGGUCGAGAAGCUCGUACCUUAUCCAGUCAAAGUCCCAGUCGAUCGUCCCGUUCACAUCCCAGUUUUCAAGCCUUACCCCGUGCACAUCGAAAAGCAUGUGCCUUAUCCAGUCGAAAAGCCAGUACCUUACCCCGUGAAGGUCCCAGUUGACAGGCCGUACCCCGUCCCGGUCGAGAAACCCGUGCCAGUCGCUGUUAAGGUGCCAGUACCGCAUCCGUAUCCAGUCGAAAAACCAGUGCCUUAUCCGGUCGAGAGACCUGUGCCGGUAGCAGUCAAGGUCCCGGUCGACAGACCGUAUCCCGUUCAUGUCGAGAAGCACGUACCUUAUCCGGUAGAGAAGCCCGUGCCUUACCCGGUUAAAGUGCCGGUAGCUGUACCGGUGCACCACGAACACCACGGACACCACGGACACGAGGGCUACAUCUCCGGUGGAUACGAGGGUGGCGAUAUAAGCUACGGUGGCUACGGUGGAUACGGUCAUCACUAAUGUCACAAUUCCCGGUUGGUCAUCUGUCGUCGUUGCACAAGAAACUCUCCACCGCGCACGAUGACGGAUAACCGCGAGGAUCUUGUCUUAGAAUAUGAAGAACCGAUUCGAAACGUUGCCGUGCGGCGCAGCGAAAUCCGCCACUUUGUACCUGGAUCGGAUCGGAGACGAUCUCCGGUAGACGAUCGCGUACUCCGAUUCCCAUGAUAAUCGCAACGAAAGCGCGGCACGGCAACGUGUGCCAGUUAGAAAGAACGAAUGAUUAAUAGGAAUGUACUCUUUAGCGAUCUUCGCUCGAGAGCUCGCUUGUCUUACUUUUGUACCGAUAAUAGCAAAAUAUGUAUUUUUUUACAGAAAAUC